UUCACAAGAGCUCCACAUCUGCAAUCUUCACGUGCUCUCUGCUCUGCCUAUCUCUGCUUUUAUAAUUAUCUCUUUCUUUGUUUGUAUCUCUGCAAAUCUUAUCUAAUUUUUCUUUUUCGGUCUUUGGCCGUUAAGUGAUAACUAUCAUAAGAGUAGUUUUGUUCGUUAGUUGACAAAGAAAGCUUGCAAGUGAAGUGAAAGUAGUAACUAUUAUGGAGAACAAGAAGCAAGUUGGUGAUGCAUCAAAAAAAGUUGGUGGCUCAUCUUCAUCCAGGUCUUUGGAUCACCUUUUUGGUCCCAAGGACCCUUCUUCAGCUUCUUCGACCGGAGUAUUUGGAUCCAUUUUUCCACCACCAUCAACGCAGCUGGGGAGGGACUCCUUUCAGAACCAAGGUGGCAGUGGCAAAUAUGGAAAUCCAGAUAAUAUCGCUCAAAGCGUCAAGGAUGAAAGCGCUGGAAUAGGUACUAGAAAUUCACCUUAUCAGAAUGAACCAAUGGAACCUUGCUAUUUAAGCUCAUCGAUCUACUAUGGCGGCCAAGAAAAUUAUUCUCCAAGGGCAGGCUCCACCGAAUCUCAAAAGACUUUCAGGAAAGAUGGAGGGGAGGAUGAUUCAAAUAAUAAUGCGAACAGUGCAUCAAGAGGGAACUGGUGGCAGGGUUCUCUCUAUUACUAACACCUUGCCCCUACAUCAAAUGUACUCACCACCUUUGCACAGGGGUGGUGAAAUCUAAGCUAGCUUAAUACUAAGGAAAUAAUAUGGUAAUAUUAGUUAAGCCUAGUAGAGCAUGACACCGUUGGACUUCCAAAAAACACGUUGGGUUGUUUUUAUCCCAGCUAGUCAGGUUUGGCAAGUCUAGGAUGUGUUUCUAGGAGCUCGGUGCAGGCUCUCUACUUGUAGUCUUCUAUGACUAACCUAGUAUUCCAUGUACUUUGAAUAAGUUCUAUAUAUGGGUUUUAGCCCUCUAAAUGUAACUCUAUAUAUGUGGAGGAAUGUAUACACUCUUUCUCCUGUGCUACUGUUUUAAAUUAAUGGAAAAUUAUUUGUUUGUA